UCCGGCUGCCGUUCUGUAAACCCUUACGUGGCAGUCUCAGAGCGGUGUACAGCAGCCGAGGCUGGUGCAGCUGCUUUCCUGCAGAGCCUCUCUCCCUCCGCGUCCCUCCAUCCCGCAGGAUUCUCCUCAGAAACGAGGCUCGGACAGUCUGGACGCGUCUUUCUCUGCCCGAACAAUGUUUACCACCUCGGAGCUGGUCGUCCUGCUGGCCGUCCUGACGGCCACCGCGUCCGGCUACUUCGUUAGCAUAGACGCCCAUGCCGAAGAGUGCUUCUAUGAGCGGGUUAACUCCGGCACCAAGAUGGGCCUCAUGUUCGAGGUGGCCGAAGGAGGCUUUCUGGACAUUGACGUCGAGAUAACGGGGCCUGACGGGAAGCAGAUCUACAAAGGGGACAGGGAGUCCAGCGGGAAGUACUCGGUGGCGGCCCACAUGGACGGAACCUACAAGUUCUGCUUCAGCAACAAGAUGUCCACCAUGACGCCCAAGAUCGUCAUGUUCACCAUCGACAUCGGAGAGGCUCCUAAAGGCCAAAACAUGGAGACUGAAGCUCAUCAGAACAAGCUGGAGGAGAUGAUCAACGAGCUGGCUGUUGCCAUGACAGCGGUCAAGCACGAGCAGGAGUACAUGGAGGUCCGCGAGAGGAUACACAGAGCGAUCAACGACAACACGAACAGCAGGGUGGUCCUGUGGUCCUUCUUUGAGGCGCUGGUCCUGGUCGCCAUGACGCUCGGACAGAUUUACUACCUGAAGAGAUUUUUUGAAGUGCGACGAGUCGUGUAGAGCGACUUCCAUCAUCCCUCCCUGUGUUCCUGUUUUUUUUUUUUUUUUUUG